AUGAACUAUGCAAACUCUCUCAAAACUUAAAUUACUUUUAUUCCCAUCAAACUAUAGUUGGAUCUUGGAGUAGAAGCUGAAGUUUUCUUAAAUUUUAUUUGUGGAUCACAUUCUCUGACUACUUAAAAUGGAUGUUUAUUUUAAUAAAGAGAAUGUAAUUUUGAUUAUCAGUAGCUUAAAAUCGUCACAACCAUGAAUUUAAAGAAGGGUAAAUUUCAAGAAAAGAAAGCAAAAGUCCGUGUCAUUUUACAGUAUAAAAACAGCUACAAGAAGGCUGGCAAAAUAAACUUUGAUAUUAGUGAAUAUAUGAAUUAACAGAUGCAAUAGAUCUAAGAUGAAAAAUUACUCAUUGAUUGUCCUGAUUCUUCUGCAACCCUCAAGUUUUAGCUUAAAUUUAAAUAGGCAGUUUUGAAUAAAAGCAAACUGAUCCCAGAUAUCCAAUAAAAAUUAUUGGAACCUGAAUCACUAAUUAAAUCUAACAUCAUUAAAAUACCAAAUAUUAAAGAAGUUUCAACGUUGGACAAAUGCAAUAAUUGUUUGAAAUUACAAGAAUAGAUAAAAGAAUUAAAAACCUCAAUUUAAUCGAAUUCUUAAAGGAGCACACUUUCAUAGAGAGACAGCAUUUAGAUAAGCAAAUUGCAGAUGCUAGAAAAUGAGAUUAAGUGCUAAUAUCAAAUAGAGAGGGAACUCAAGACCUUCAUCGAAAGUUUAGGUAAUAUUUGCGUUGAUUUAUUAGAGUAGGAGCUAUUAAAAUAAAAACGUAUAGUCGCAUAGAUUAUGCAAGAAUGUCUAUAAAUGGGGGAUUCCAAAUUGAUUGAAUUGGUGGAGAACGUAAUUUAAUAAUAAUUAUGA